AUGUCGCGCAAGUCGCACAAAGUAACAGUUGCGCUCCUGAAGCAAAUUUGGAGACUCAACGCCUGGGCUGGCAAGUUGGAGGAGAGAUUAACCACGGAGGAACUCAAGAAGAUGGAUGAUUAUGGAAAGAAGUCCACCAAACCUCUGAAGCUGGCAGUUUGCAAGUUCAAAUUUGAACAUCUGGAAAAGUCAUUUGAUGUCAAGGAGAUUGGGUUCGGCGGUGCAGAAUGGGACUUGCAAGAAGAAUUCUGGUACCGAUCACCGCAGCUGGGUUUGUAG